AUGGCAGCCUACACGAGCACUUUCCGAUCUCCCUUCACUGUCCCUUACAUAGAAGGGCCCUGUAAGCCCGUACAGCAUCCAACAUUUAACGCGACCGUGAAUGAUGAUGUUUUGUUGACCGAAUCUCAACUUGACGAACUGUUCGGCGAGGGAUUUGUGCAAGCGGGCAGGCAGCCGAUAGCCCCUGACUCCAAUGCACCCGACACACCACCCUUCGAUCCGAGUAUUGUCGAUCAUUUAUUCUCGGGAGAUGACAAUUUCCAAUCCUUCCAAUUCGGCCAAUCUGGUGAAAUCGACCAAUUUGAUGCAAUAAACGGUGCGGUCGGUCUUGACGAUUCGAUUAUGGCCUCACUACUUGCAGAGAACCUGCAAACCUCUCAUUUGCAAACACCUCCACCGUCGCCUCCUCUCUCUACUCACCCAUCGGGAUCCAUCAUCUCUUCGUCUGUACACACUCAAAAUGUACAAAGCAGCAUCGGAGCUCAACAGCCUGCUGCGCUACUGCCUCAGUUAACUCCGACGUUCGUCCACUGUUUCCCUCCGGAACCCAUUCGAAACAAUGGCCCUUCUCACCCUUCCAGAAAGCCGGAAGACCUUACCUUCGUUUUCUACGAUCCAAAAGACCCCAACAAGCACGAACCCUGCGAAAAGAUACUCCGUAGCCCGGACGAACUGAGCCAACAGCGGGUGGAUGCAGCUGCACUCAGGGAAGUCGGUGGCGCAUUCAAAGAAUCGACCGUGCUACCGGAAGUCGACCAAUUUGGAGCUUAUGGGGUUGUGUUGAUCCACAACGGAUGUCUUUGUGUCUUUGCGUCUCUGUGUCUUCGCGUCUCUGUGUUGUCCAUAUUUGCAGACUGA